AUGGGCGAGAAUGAGGGGUGGGCACAACCACCAAUUGGGAUGUUGCCUAAUGGCUUGCUGCCCAAUGAGGCCGCACCGGUGAUGCGAGUGCUUGACAUGGAGCGAUGGUUGAAGGCUGAGGAAAGGACUGCAGAGCUAAUUGCCUGCAUUCAGCCCAAUCCGCCCUCUGAGGAGCGCCGCCAUGCAGUUGCAGUCUAUGUGCAGCGGCUGAUAAUGAAGUGCUUCCCUUGCCAGGUGUUCACCUUUGGGUCAGUACCCCUCAAAACUUAUUUACCUGAUGGAGAUAUUGACUUGACAGCAUUCAGCAAGAACCAAAAUCUGAAGGAUGCGUGGGCACACCAGGUUCAUGACAUGCUCCAGAAUGAGGAAAAGGAUGAAAAUGCAGAGUUUCAUGUCAAAGAGGUUCAGUACAUCCAGGCUGAAGUGAAGAUUAUAAAGUGUCUUGUUGAAAAUAUUGUGGUGGACAUUUCAUUUAACCAACUCGGAGGAUUGUGCACCCUUUGUUUUCUUGAGGAGGUUGAUAAUUUGAUUGGCCAAAACCAUUUAUUCAAGCGUAGCGUUAUACUUAUAAAAGCCUGGUGUUACUAUGAGAGUCGGAUACUUGGUGCCCACCAUGGACUUAUCUCAACUUACGCAUUAGAAACUUUGGUUCUUUACAUAUUUCAUGUUUUCAACAAUUCCUUUGCUGGACCUCUUGAGGUAUUGUAUAGGUUUUUGGAAUUUUUUAGUAAGUUUGAUUGGGAUAAUUUCUGUGUAAGCCUAUGGGGUCCUGUACCCAUUAGUUCACUUCCAGAUGUGACAGCUGAACCUCCUCGCAAAGAUGGUGGGGAUUUAUUGCUGAGCAAGUUAUUUCUUGAUGCCUGCAGCUCAGUUUAUGCUGUUUUCCCUGCUGGCCAAGAAAAUCAGGGGCAGCCUUUUACUUCCAAGCAUUUCAAUGUUAUUGAUCCUUUGCGGGUCAACAAUAACCUUGGGCGUAGUGUCAGCAAAGGAAAUUUCUUUAGAAUACGCAGUGCUUUUGCAUUUGGGGCCAAAAGGCUUGCUAGAUUGCUUGAUUGCCCACAGGAGGAUUUGUUUUUGGAAGUCAAUCAAUUCUUUAUGAACACUUGGGUCAGACAUGGAACUGGGCAGCGGCCUGAUGCUCCAAGCAGUGACUUAUGGCGUUUGACAUUAUCUAGUCACGACCAUUUACAGGGGUCCGAGAAUCUCCAAAAGAAUAGCCAGAAAACUGAUAAUACCUGUAAUAAUGAAUUUCAAGUGAAAGGGGUGCAUGCAGCACAAAGUGUUCUAUCUCAACAUUUAUUGUCGUCUAAAAGUUUAUCUAAGAGUAGUAGUGAUUCCAGAGCUAACCAAAAUAAUGCAAGGAAUUUUGAUCAGGUCAAAAGGGAAGCUAAUUGUAAUCAAGGUGCUCGGAAUGAUAAGGGACACAGAAAGGCCAAACCAAAUAACCCAUUCAAUGAGGUCCCAGGAAGGCUUUUAUUUGCAAGAACAUGUUCUAGUCCUGAGUUGACGGACUCUUACAGUGAAGCUCCUAGACAAGGAAGACAUACAAAAGCCCCCGAAAGUGGGAAAGGCCCAACUUCCUCUGCAAAGUUUGAGAAUAGUCACAGGAAGCAUCUUGAUUCUGACAUGCCUGCUAGUUAUGGCAUUAGAAUUGACGAUUCAUCUGGUAGGAAAAUAAUAUCACAUCAGUUUCUUGAUAGCAGUGCUGAUUCAAACAAUGGCUCAAAUAGUAAUGAUAAUGAAUCAGGCCCGGGCUUUGUGGAUGAAGAAUUUUCUUCUGUUGCUGGACUAGGUGGAAAGAAUAUGAUGCAUCAGGAGGAGCAGGACCUUUUGAACAUGAUAACAUCCCCCACAACCCAAGGUUCCAGUGGAGAGAAUCACAUUCCAGUGAAUUUAACCCCAGGUCACCUACCACUUUCACCUUCCAUUCUUGCAUCAAUGGGAUGUGCUCAUAGGAAUAUAGGUAACAUUCCCUUCAUUGAGUCGUUUAAUUGGGGUACUAAUGUGCAAUUUCCCCAAGGUUUAGUCCCUUCACCAUGGACUCCAUAUUUCCCUGGCGUAGGAUUGACCUCAAAUCCUGAAGAUUUAAUUGAAACUGGUAAUGAGAAUUUCAAUACUGUUGAAACAAGUCUAGCAGAAGCUGAUAAAGAUUUCUGGCAUGAGCAAGAAAGGGCUUCUGCUAGGGGGGUUGAAGCUGACAAUGGAAAUUUUGAAAUGCUUCCAGAUGAUGAGCGACAGUCAAUUUCAGGUGUCUAUAACUUUAUACCAUCAUCUCAUGUUGGCAGCUCUAGUAAUUCUGCUAGACAGAAGACGACGUCUACUAAAGAAAACCAAGAUUCUAUGAGAGAAGAGCACAUUGAUAGUCCUAAAUAUCAAGAUGGCAGAGGAAACGGUGCAUAUUUUGAUGAUAGAAUAGCAAAUCCUAGGUUGCCCAGUGCACCAUCUUCAAGCUCCUUCAGAAGUAAGACAUCUUCAGAAAGCUCUUGGGAGGGUUCUUCAGCAAAAUCUUCAAAAUCAACUCGGGAGAAAAAAGGGAAGAAAAAUACUUCCUCAGUGCCAUCUUCUGCUCACGGAAAGGGCAAGAAUGCUACGGAAAUUUCAUCUGGUCUAGUGGAUGAUGAAAACAGGCAAUGGACACCUUUGUCAACUACAGCAUCUGAUAUAUCAGACAGAAGUACUCGGCCACUGGCUGUUGCUCCAAUGCAUGUUCCAAGACAGCCACUGUCUGGUUCUGAAAUGGUUCGGACAAGUGGAUCAGAUUCUGUGUUACCCAUGGCUCCAGUGGUUAUAGGUCAUGGUUCUAGCCAAAGAACAGGGGAUAAUUCUGGGGUUUUUCCUUUUGCAUUCUAUCCCACAGGGCCACCAGUGCCAUUUGUUACCAUGCUUCCAUUAUAUAAUUUUCCUACUCAAUCGUCUCAGACAUCAGCAAGCAAUUUCCAUGGGGAAGAGGAUGUAGAUAGCAAUGACCGAGGUCAGAAUUUUGAUCCAUCUGAGGUGUAUGAUCAGCCUGAGGUGUUGAGCUCUUCCAAUUCUACGAGAAGAACUGCUAUUGACACGUCAGAGCCCAAUCCUGACAUUCUUAAUGGUGACUUUGUUAGCCAUUGGCAAAAUUUGCAAUAUGGGCGAAUUUGUCAAAAUUCACGCCAUCCCGAUUCAGUUAUCUAUCCUUCAUCUGUUGUGGUACCUCCUGUUUAUUUGCAGGGUCGGUUUCCUUGGGAUGGUCCUGGAAGACCACAGUCAGCUAAUGUGAAUCUUUUCACUCAGCUUAUGAACUAUGGGCCACAGCUAGUGCCUGUUGCUCCUAUCCAUUCAGUUUCCAACAGACCAGCCAAUAUUUACCAACGAUUCAUAGAUGAGAUACCACGGUAUCGAAGUGGGACAGGAACCUACUUGCCAAAUCCUAAGGUUUCUGUUCGGGAUCGACAUUCUACAAGCACCAGAAGGGGUAAUCACAACAAUGACAGAAGUGAUCAGCAUGGUGACAGAGAAGGGAAUUGGAAUAUUAACUCAAAGUUGAGAACAAGUGGGCGAAGCCAUUACCGCAGUCAAGCUGAGAAGUCUAGCUCAAGGCCAGAAAAGUUGGCAACAAGCGAGAGCCAUUCCGAAAGACCAUGGGGUUCACAUAGACCAGACUCUUUUGUUUCUCACCAGAAUGGUGGUACUGUCCGGUUAAAUUCCUCACAGAACAGUCCGACAAAUGUGGCUAAUGGAAUGUACCCUCUACCGGGCAUGCACUCCAGUGGAAUCUCAUCAAAUGGACCAACAAUUCCACCUGUUGUAAUGUGGUAUUCAUAUGAUCACAAUGCUAGCUACAGCACACCAGCAGAACAGCUAGAAUUUGGAAGUCUGGGACCUAUGGGUUUCCCGGGUGUCAAUGAAGUAUCACUGCUUAAUGAGGGGAGCCAAUCUGGUGGAGCAUUUGAGGAGCAAAGGUUUAAUGGUGGCACUGCUCAACAAUCCUCUCCAGAUCAACCCUCUUCACCUAAGUUCCCAAGGUAUUCAAAUUUCCCUGGUGAUGAAGUGCCUUAUUUAGGGGCUUUGAUUCUAUUGCCAGAUCAGUGGUCAGGUGGAAUUAUUAACCUAAAGAGGAGGAUAAUUAUCUCCCCUUGCAUAUCAUCAAGACGGCCAGGCAGGGAAAGAAAGAACUUUUGCUCUUCCUCUGAUUCUCGUUUCUGGGGAAUGCCCUUCGUUUAUGCCCUGCCUCUUGUACCCUUACAGGUGCUAAUUUGUGCUGAAAUGCCACCGGAAAGAAAGGCUAUUGAAGUUGAUAUGUUGUGGUUUGAAGACUGUAAAUCAGAGUCAUCUUUUAGCAUGGAGCAAGAAGACUCUAUUAACGAUGGAAAUCAAAGAAGGAGACCAAGUUUGAGUGCUGUUUUGAGGAGUAUAGGAAGAAGGGUUGAGAGUGGAUCAGCGAAGAUGAAGAACUUGAGAAGAGCUUCAACUGUUCAUCCCUUGAGUAAUGGACAGAAAAAGCUGCCACCUAAGAAGAAAAUUCUUGAUCCACAGGGUCCAAUACUUCAGAAAUGGAACAAAAUCUUUGUAAUAACGUGUGUGUUAGCAGUCUCUGUGGACCCGUUCUUCUUUUACAUUCCAGUGAUAAAUAAUGAUGAAAAAUGCCUUGAUUUGAGUGGAUCGUUGCAGAUCACUGCCAGUGUUUUUCGCACCUUCCUUGAUCUAUUCUACAUCCUUCGCAUAAUCUUUCAGUUUAAGACAGGCUUUAUUGCCCCUCCAUCUCGUGUUUUUGGAAGGGGUGAGCUCAUCAAUGAUCCUGUGGCUAUAACGAAAAGAUACUUAACUUCACACUUCAUCAUUGAUAUUUUAUCAAUUAUUCCACUUCCACAGGUGAUUGUUUUAGCCAUACAUCCAAACAUGAAAACAGAUCCAUUUGUUGCGAAGGAUUUGUUGAAGUAUUCAGUAUUAAUCCAGUAUGUGCCAAGGCUUUUGCGGAUCUAUCCUCUAUUCAAAGAAGUAACUAGAACUUCUGGCAUAUUAACUGAGACAGCAGGAGCUGGUGCUGCUUAUAAUCUUUUUCUUUAUAUGCUAGCAAGUCAUGUGGUUGGAGCUUUCUGGUAUUUGCUAUCGGUAGAGUCAGAAGUGCGUUGCUGGCGCAGAGAGUUGAAGAGUGGUGGAGACUUGAGUUGUAGAAACCGCAAUCAUGAAAUCAUUUCGCGUCUCAAUGAAACUUGUUCUUUGGUUGACCCUGAUAAUAUCAUAGGCCCAAACAUCUACAAUUUUGGAAUAUUUUUUGAUGCUUUACAUUCAGGUGUGGUAAAAUCAACAACAGAUUUUCCUCAGAAGUUCUUCUAUUGCUUUUGGUGGGGUUUGCGCGGUUUAAGUUCUCUUGGACAAAAUCUCCAGACAAGUACUUAUGUCCCAGAGAUACUCUUUGCAAUCUUCAUUGCCAUCUUUGGAUUGGUUUUAUUCUCGUUACUUAUUGGAAACAUGCAGAAAUAUCUGCAAUCUACAACUGUUAGAGUGGAGGAGAUGAGAGUGAAGAGACAGGACGCAGAACAGUGGAUGUCCCACCGUAUGCUGCCUGAGAACUUGAAAGAAAGAAUUAGACGGUAUGAACAGUACCAAUGGCAAGAAAAUAGGGGUGUUGAGGAGGAGGCAUUAAUUGGUAAACUUCCUAAAGAUCUCAGAAGGGACAUAAAGCGUCAUCUUUGCCUGGAUUUAGUUAAAAAAGUGCCAAUGUUUGAGAAAAUGGAUGAGCAGUUGUUGGAUGCAAUGUGCAGUAGACUGAAGCCAGUCCUUUAUACUGAGAAGAGCCAGAUUUUUCGUGAAGGAGAUCCAGUUGAUGAGAUUCUUUUCAUUAUGCGUGGAAAAGUGUCUACUGUGACAACAAAUGGUGGAAGAACUGGUUUCUUCAACUGUUUGCUUCUCAAAGCUGGUGACUUCUGUGGAGAGGAACUUCUGACAUGGGCCUUGGAUCCUAACUCCUCCUCGAAUCUACCCAUUUCAACUAGGACAGUAGAAACUAUAUCAGAAGUUGAAGCCUUUGCUCUCAUGGCGGAUGACUUGAAGCUUGUUGCUUCCCAAUUUCGCCGUCUUAGCAACAAACAGCUCCAACACGCUUUCAGGCAAGACUUCAUAUGGAAGACAUGGGCUGCCUGUUUUAUACAAGCAGCUUGGCGUCGAUACUUGAAAAAGAAGAUUGAUAGGUCUUUGCACGACGCAGAAGACAAGCUACAAGAUGCUUUUGCAAAGGAGGAUGGCUCUACUCUAAGCCUUGGUGCAACAAUAUAUGCAUCAAGGUUUGCUGCCAAUGCACUGCGAAACUUGAGAGAAAAUGGCAGACACAAUAGAAUGCAACAGAGACUACUGCCUCUGCUACCUCAAAAGCCAGCCGAGCCAGAUUUCACUACUCAGAAACUCUAA